UCACUCAAUAAUUUAUCCUUGCAAAAAAAAAAAAAAAUUCUGGAAUUUAUAAUUAAGUGUUAGUUGCGUAAGCAUUGCAAACGAAUAGAAGAAAAGGUUCCGGGGUCCCAAACUCAACAAAAACAGUUUUGUGCCGAUAGAAACAAAGGUGAAGAUAGAAGAAAAUGGCUUCAUGGAAUUCAGUUUCAUUAGAAGUAACCUACGAAGUUCUUGGUUGGUUCGCUUUUAUUGUUUGGUCCAUCAGUUUCUACCCUCAAGUCAUCUUAAAUUUCCGCAGGAAAAGCGUUGUUGGACUCAACUUUGAUUUCGUGCUGUUAAAUUUAACCAAGCACAGUUCAUAUCUUAUAUACAAUUCUUCUCUUUACUUUAGCUCUGCUAUUCAGAAACAAUAUUUUCAGAAAUACGGUUAUGAUCAGAUGAUACCUGUGGCAAAAAAUGAUGUUGCUUUCUCAAUCCAUGCUGUUCUGCUGACAGCCAUUGCAUUGUUCCAGAUUGCAAUCUAUGAACGUGGAAGUCAGAAACUGUCCAAAAUUUGUAUUGGAAUCGUCUCCAUUGUUUGGCUUACUGCUGCAGUUUGUUUCUUUGUUGCUUUGUCAAAUCAUUCAUGGCUUUGGCUUCUCAACGUCUUCAACUCAAUUCAAGUGCUUAUGACUACGAUAAAGUACAUUCCCCAGGUAAGCAUGAACUUCCUAAGGAAAAGUACUGAUGGAUGGAGCAUUGGGAACAUUCUACUAGACUUUUCUGGAGGAAUAGCAAACUAUGGACAGAUGGUUGUGCAAUCAGUAGAUCAAGAUUCAUGGGUCAACUUUUAUGGGAAUAUAGGAAAAGUGUUGCUCUCUCUGGUAUCUGUAUUCUUUGACAUAAUUUUCAUUAUUCAACAUUAUGUCCUGUAUCCUGAUAAAAAAUCCUCCAAAUUGGUGACCACCACCGAGGAUGAAGAUCAAAUCAGAGAGCACCUCAACAGGCCUUCUGAUGAAUCUCCAUCAGAGAAUGUGUGACAUGUUUUGGUUCAGAAUGCAUAUUCAACCGAUCAUGAAGAUUAAAUCAAAGAGCACCUUACCAGGCCUUCUGAUCGAACACCCCCACAGAAUGUGUAAGAUAUAUUAUAGUUUGUAAUGUAUAUCAAACUUCCCAUCAUUGAUAUCAAUAUGAAAGAAAAUCUAGGAUUAUUUUUAUCCUUAUACCACAAUUCACCAAACUUUGUUGUAAGAUAUAGAUUUAUAGCAUCGAUCUUUAUGCCAAUUUAUAUCAUAGUAAAUUUGUAAUUACGGACUAGCUUUCUAUUGACAAGCUACUGAUCCCCACUCAGGCCUAGGACCUAGGUACAAGUUGUAAUCAACAUAAAUAUGCACCUAAUUAAGCUAUAAGAAAUGCUGUUUGAAAAUUUCA